UGGCGCCAAUAAAUUUUUACUACAAUACUUUUCAGUGGUCGUGUGGGUAAAGUAUUGUGAAAAAUGAGUGUAUCAUACCUUUGGGCAGAUAAAUAUCGUCCAACUGACUUUGACCAGUUGGACUAUCACAAAGAACAAGCUACUGAUUUAAAGAAUCUUACAAAGGAUGGAGAUUUCCCACACUUACUUGUUUAUGGUCCAUUAGGAGCUGGAAAGAAAACACGAAUUAUGUGCAUUCUACGAGAACUGUUUGGUCCAGGAGUUGAAAAAUUGAAAGAAGAAACCAUGACCUUUACCACACCUUCAAACAAAAAGCUGGAAAUCUUAGCCAUAAGCAGUUUGCACCACAUCGAACUCAAUCCCUCAGAUGUGGGACACAAUGACAGGGUAGUGAUAAUGGACAUCAUUAAAAAUGUAGCUCAGACUCAUCAGUUAAAUAUGAAUUCCCAGAAAAAUUUUAAAGUAAUUGUGUUAACUGAUGCAGAUGACCUAAGCAAAGAUGCUCAACAUGCUUUAAGAAGAACCAUGGAAAAAUAUGUGGCUAACUGCAGAAUUAUCUUAUGUGCCACUUCAAUAUCUAGAGUGAUUCCGGCUAUUCGUUCGAGAUGUCUGUGCAUUAGGGUCUCUGCUCCAAGUGUAGACACAAUAAAGUCUAUAUUAAAACGUGUCAGUGCAGACCAGAAAGUGCCAGUACCUGAUGCUUUGGCCAACACAAUUGCUCAGCAAUCAGAAGGUAACCUAAGACGUGCGUUGUUGAUGUGUGAAGCAGCUAGUGUCAAUGAUUACAAAAUGAACUAUUCUAAACCUGAUUGGGAAGUGUUUAUUGAAAAAACUGCUUCAAUUAUACUCAAAGAACAAACUUUGCAAGGUAUUGCCAAAGUUCGUAAACAUUUGUAUGAGCUGAUAGUUAAUGGCAUUCCUUCAGAGUUAAUAUUUAAAGUGCUAUUAAAAUGCUUGCUUCAAGCAUCCCCGGAGAUUGCAGAUAAGGUGGUUGAGGAAGCUGCUGCGUAUCAACACAGAUGCGUCCAGGGAAACAAGGAAAUAUUUCAUUUGGAAGCUUUUGUUACAAAAUUUAUGUGUUUAUAUAAUGGUUUAUACAGUGGUAUGGAUGAUUUCUUUAAAGAUGAUUUCUAGUAGCCUGUAGUUUUUUUUACUUUAUUUUUGUAAUAAAUAUUUUAAAUUUAAA